AUCGACUAAACAAAUAUUUUUGUUCCAUCUCUACAUUGCACCCUCGCUGAAUUUAGCAACUUAAAUUCGUCAAUACAAAAAAAAGUGCCGCAAUGCAGCGCUGCAUCGACACCAUCUUCAAGCGGGUGCCUGCGAAGCCGAAAAAAGCCGAGGAUGAAAACGGAGAGACGCCGGUGAAGGCGCCAAAACGCCGCAAGGCCGUAAUCAUUUCAAGCGACGAGGAUGAGGUGGCCGCCAGUCCGCAAGUGCCCAAGAAACGCAAGGCCUCCAAAGCUGCAUCCAGCGAGGAUGAAGUGGCGGCCACCACUCCGGAAGUCAAGAAGGCCAAAAAUGGCCAAAAACCGUCCCUAUCCAAGCUUAAAAGGCACGUGGAUCCUUCGGAGCUAUUUGGUGGGGAAACCAAGCGGGUGGUUGUGCCCAAACCGAAGACUAAGGCGGUAAUCGAGUUCGAAAACGAGGACAUAGACCGGAGUUUAAUGGAAGUCGAUCUGGAGGAGAGUAUCAAAGAGGUUGUGCCGGUGCAAAAGGUUACACCACCGACCAACAGGAGCUCUCCAUCCCCCAAAAGAGCCAAGAAAGCCAGUCCUGAAGCGGCCAAAGUCAAGUCCGCCAAACCCAAAGCCUCCACUCCGCGUGUGAAGAAGGAGAAGCCUGCUGCCGAUCUGGAAUCCAGCGUCAUAUCCGACGAAGAACGCCACGAGCGGAAACGCAUGACAGCCGUGCUGUAUCAGAAGUACAAAAACCGCAGCAGUUGCCUCAAUCCCGGCAGCAAGGAAAUCCCCAAGGGUUCACCCGACUGCCUAAGUGGAUUGACCUUUGUGGUCACCGGCGUUCUGGAGUCCAUGGAGCGCGAGGAGGCGGAAGCCGUAAUCAAAGAGUACGGCGGAAGGGUGAUGACCGUGGUGGGAAAGAAACUUAAGUAUCUGGUCGUGGGUGAAGAGGCGGGACCCAAGAAAUUGGCCGUGGCUGAAGAGCUCAAUAUACCCAUUCUCAGCGAGGAUGGCCUCUUCGAUCUGAUCAGGGAGAAAUCAGGGCAACCAAAGCAGAUAAAGGUGGAGAAAAAGAGCCCCAAGGAGGAGCAUAGUUCGAAGGAAAGGGAAAAGAAGGAUGUCAAGACAUCCAGCAGUUCUAAAGUUAAAGAGGAAAAGAAGCAAGACAUUAAGCCCAAAAAUAUUGAGAAACAUAAUGCCUCCAAGGAGGAGCACACUUCAUUAAAGAUAAAGAAGGAGCAGCACGAUGAAACAGUGCCAGCAGUAACCCUAAAAGUCAAGAAGGAACCCAGCUCCCAGGAACCAAAGGCACCGGUGCCAAGGACAACCGAACCGAAGACCCACGAUGAGGUCGGCAUGGCCUGGGUGGACAAGCACAAACCCACCAAUAUCAAAGAAAUCGUUGGCCAGGCAGGAGCCGCUAGCAACGUCACCAAACUGAUGAACUGGAUGUCCAAGUGGUAUACAAACCACGACGGAAAUAAGAAGCCCCAACGACCCAAUCCCUGGGCCAAGAACGAUGAUGGCAGCUUCUACAAGGCGGCUCUGCUUUCGGGACCGCCUGGAAUAGGGAAGACCACAACGGCGACUCUGGUGGUGAAGGAGCUGGGAUUCGAUGCGGUCGAGUUCAAUGCCUCCGACACGCGUAGCAAACGUUUGCUCAAGGAUGAAGUAUCGACGCUACUGAGCAACAAGUCACUUUCCGGAUACUUUAGCGGCCAGGGACAAGCGGUCUCCCGGAAACACGUGCUCAUCAUGGACGAGGUGGAUGGCAUGGCCGGCAACGAGGAUCGCGGGGGAAUGCAGGAGCUGAUCGCCUUGAUCAAGGAAAGCUCCAUUCCGAUCAUUUGCAUGUGUAAUGAUCGCAAUCAUCCGAAAAUUCGAUCAUUGGUCAACUAUUGCUACGAUCUGCGUUUCCAGAGGCCGCGUCUCGAGCAGAUCAAGGGUAAAAUCAUGAGCAUUUGCUUUAAGGAGAAGGUGAAGAUCUCACCUGCCAAAGUGGAGGAAAUCAUAGCGGCCACCAACAACGAUAUCCGGCAAUCCAUCAAUCAUAUUGCUCUGCUUAGCGCCAAAGAAGAAAAUUCUUCAUCGAAAACUGGGCAACAAGUAGCCACCAAGGAUUUGAAGCUGGGACCCUGGGAAGUGGUACGGAAAGUUUUUACGGCGGAGGAUCACAAGCACAUGUCCCUGGCCGAUAAGAGUGACCUCUUUUUCCACGACUACAGCCUGGCACCGCUCUUUGUGCAGCAAAAUUACCUUCAGGUCUCGCCACAGGGAAACAAGUUGGAUGUUCUGGCCAAGGUGGCUGCCACGGCGGAUGCCCUCAGCUUGGGCGACCUAGUCGAUAAGCGCAUUCGGGCCAAUUCUGCGUGGAGUCUGCUGCCAACCCAGGCUGUUUUCAGCUCAGUGCUGCCUGGAGAACACAUGUGCGGUCACUUCACCGGACAGAUAAACUUCCCCGGAUGGCUGGGCAAGAAUUCGAGGUCCGGAAAACGGGCCAGACUUGCCCAGGAGCUGCACGAUCACACCAGGGUCUGCACCUCAGGUUCGAGGCUAUCCGUUAGGCUGGAUUAUGCACCCUUCCUGCUGGAUAAUAUUGUGCGGCCACUGGUGAAGAACGGACAGGAGGGAGUGCAAGCUGCACUCGAGGUAAUGAAGGAUUACCAUCUACUGCGCGAAGAUCUGGACUCGCUGGUCGAGCUAACCUCUUGGCCGGGCAAGAAAUCGCCUUUGGAUUCGGUUGAUGGAAGGGUGAAAGCAGCCCUAACUCGCACCUACAACAAGGAGGUGUUGGCAUACUCAUAUUCUGCUCAGGCAGGCAUAAAAAAGAAAAAAGCUGAGGCUGGUGGCGGGGAUGACGAUUACUUGGGCGAAGGUCAAGAGGAUGAGGACGGCGCUGGUGAUCACCUCUCUUCAGAAGACGAGGACAAAGACAACCUCGAGCUGGAUGGUUUGAUUAAGGCCAAAAAGAAGACCACCGCUUCCAGUACGUCGAAAGCAGCUGGUGGUUCAAAAAAGGCAGCAUCUACCUCAAAACCAAAGGCCAAAGCAAAGAAGUAAGACGUUUUCUAUUUUUGGCCAGAAUAUCUCAUUGAUUUAUUUUGCGAAUUUUCCACUCAUGCUUAGCAGUCGAUUUAUAUUGUUAAAUGCAUCCAAAAUGUACGGUUAAAUUAUAUAUUUGGUAUGUAACUCGAUUUUUAUAAAUUGUGAAACAUUCUGUUAGAACUCUGAAAAAUAUACAAUUAUUUCUGAACUUA